AUGUUCGAUUAUACUUUUGAGCAGCCACCAUUGACACAAAAAGAAAUUCAACAAGAAAUAGAUUACUUGGUGAAAAAUGACAAAGAAAUCAAUCAUAUUUUAACGCAAACAAAAACACCAAUCUUAAUCAAAGAUUUUGAUCCAAAUAUUAGAGCCCUUUAUCAUAUCAAAAAGAAACAAAUUUGGGUUAACAAUACAGGAAUAUAUCCAGGACAGCUAAAAGAAAUGCUGCUUCAUGAAUGUAUUCAUUGUUAUGACCACUUGAUCAACAAAAUUAAUAUUGGCACAAAAGAAGGUCUUGCAAGAUCAGAAGUUCAUGCUAUGAGAGAGUGUGAGUGUGCAGGAUCUUGGUUUAGAAGAUGGUGUACAUAUUAUAAAGCAAUUCAAGCAGUUACCUUAUCAACUGGCAAUCAUGAAGCUGCUAGAUCUGCGGUAGAUUCUGUUUUUAGUGAUGCUUACUAUGAGGAUAUUUUCCAUGAUCCUUAUAAUUAA